AUGGCACCACCACUGGACUCACCUUACUCCUCCUCCGAGGAUGAAGUCCUUGAUGCCCCUGAUGACAUCACGAGAUCGGAGGGCUCGGAUCCUUUGCCACUGACGAAAGAUCUGCAAGCCCCGGCUACGAAGGGGGAUAUUAAAGCCAUAAUGAACAAUAUCAGCGCUUUCUUUAAUGCUGAUCUGGAUAUCAUCAGGGAGGACAUGUCUGUGGUCACUGCCAGAGUGAGGGUGACCGAGGAAUCCGUCUCCUCCAUAACCCAAAGCCAAUAGAGUAGUGCGGAGCAGGUCUGUCAACUUCAGGUCACUCAUAAAGCUGUCCAAAUACAAAUAGAUUUGCUGGAAGAUACGAGACGAUGCGCAGACCUCAAAGUUAGAGGUAUUGUGGAAACAGUCGAUGACCAAGAACUGCCGCACUUCCUACGACGCCUAUCUGCUUCUAUAGUACCUCAAUGCUCGGCCAAAGGCAUACAAAUAGACAGCUGCUUCAUAUUGGUGAAAUCAGCCAGAGCAUCGGCUGGGGUUUCUCGGGACGUACCAGUGCACUUCCUAAUGCUACGAGACAGGAUGGCGGUUCAAAACGCGGUGAAGACCAAGACGCCUUACCACUUAAAAGAGACGCAGCUCCACUUUCUACAGGAUUUAUGCUGCUCCACUCUGACCUGGAGAAGAUCCCUCCAGAGAGUCAUGCAGUCCUUGAGAUUGUUGGGGAUUGCCUACAAAUGGGGCCUACAAUUGGCGGGGAUUGCCUACAAAUGGGGCCCCUCACAUACCCUGAUAGCUACGGAAGAUAGCCGCAAAUACCACAUCUCAUCCGCAACCGACAUCUUCGCAGCUUUCCUACUGGUGCAACCACCAGUGAGGGGCAGACAUGCCCACUUUUCAUUCUGUAUCCCACUACGAAUGACGAUAUAACCUGAAAAAGAAUUUACAAAAAAAAAAAUAACCUACAUUUUGCGGUUACUGGCAACGAAUAUUAUAUGAAUAUUUGUGCAAGUCCUUUUAUAUCAAUUAUUUCUUGUAUGUACAGUUGCAAGAAAAAGUAUGUGAUCCCAGAAUGGCUUAA